UUUUGUAACGGAAAUCGCUCGAGUGCUAAUUAAAAUUGAAUCAGGUGACUCGGCAACGGAAAAUUAAAUAUUUUAGAUGUAGUGCAAUUAAUUCUAACUAGUAAUUACUCAUAAAAAAUAUAUAUAAGCAAACAAAUCCGUUUAACGAGCUGUCGUAAAUCUUAGAGAACAUAACCUUUAGCUCUGGACCAGUUAUUUUCACAUCUUUAGUUUUUCGACCGCAUAAAUCAAUAACACGAGAAAUAAUAAAUUACGCCGGCCAAAGUUAAAUAUUUAAUUUCACACCGAAUGAUAUAAGUGGCAAUAAAAUUCCCGUGCAAAUUUGUGGCAGUCUACGCAGAUCCACCGAGGUGUGUGUGCCGCGUGCCAGCGUGUGUCCGUGUGCAUAAAUAAAUGUGACCAGUCAGUUGACCCGUGAACCGUAACUUAUACGGAAUCUCAUACCGGCGGACAGGCAGCAAGGAGCAAGAGGUAAAGCCGGAGCCACAUCUCCAGGAGCUGCCGAAAGUUUCGCCUUGAAUUUAUGACCAAUGCCGCGCUCGCGCACUUCGUUUUCCUCUGGGCCUCAUUGGCAGCAACAGCAACACAGCACCAGCAAAGUUGUAAUAAAAAUCUGCAAAUAAAACAUAAAAUCAUAAACACCACACCUCCUGCCGCACUCUAUCGCGGAAAAUGCCAAAGGAACCCGGUCCGAGCCCGGCAGUCGAACGGAUAAAACAAUAAAUAUCAACAGGAGUCCAAGGAAAGCAGCUUUAAGUAUUUACAUAACCAACCAAGAAACCAAACCAACUAACUGACCAACUACACCUAAUAAAUAACUAAAUGUACCGAUAACGAUAAAAAUACAUACCUAAUCCAACUGAGCGGACCAAAACGCGGAUACAAUUCCGAGUUGCAAAAAUCAAUGUGAGACUUUUGUGCUUACAAACUAUAAUACUAAAGACGACCAAAUUCGGAUCUUAACUAGGAAUUUAUACGAUUAGCUUAGCGACUAAGUGUACAUAUGACCAGAAUGGAAUAAAACUUGGUAAAAGCUUUAAAUUAGUCAACUAAGAGGAUAGGAGAGGCAAAUCCAAACUCGAUAUUUGCUGUCAAUUCUCGUGUGUAAAGUGUAACUGAACGUGUAAACUGUAGACUGUGCUAUGAACAUAUUCAACCUAUAAACUAACCAUAGGACUUAAUACAUAUAUAUUUUAUUGGAGGGAGAGAAGCUAUAUAACGAUUUCCAGGUAAUGCAAACGAAUUGAAACGAAACUAAACAAAACAACACAUCAACAACAGUCUUUCCUGGGAGCUUUCCUUGCUGUGCGCUUUGUAGAUCUGUCCAUAAGUGUUCUCUGCCAACUGCAUUUAUUCGUAUAUGUGUGUCCAUGUGUCUGUGUAUGUGUAUGUGUUCCUAGCACGCCAAGAAUCCUUGGUCCUGCAACAUGAGCAGUGACCCGUGCCACCACACGGCCGCUGGCAGCAGCACCAGCAGCAGCGGCGGCAACGAUACCAACAACAAUAAUAAUAAUAUUAACAAUGGCGACAGCGGCGGCAACAACUAUAGCAACUAUAGCCGCUUAACUAGCCUCCGUAACUACAAGUUUUCUAAUUGGUUUUCACAACGCGCCGAGGAGAACAAGCGCAAGAAGCGCGUGGAGCAGCAGCGCCAACAGCAGCGCCAAAGGCGGGGGGCCAAGGUCUUCAAAUGCGUCAGCGACUCCACCGGCCACCUGACCUUGGCCCCCUCGCGGCUCUUCGAGCGGACGCCGAUGAGUCCGUCGGACAGUCUGGACGAGAUCGCGCUGCAGAUCCCCAGAGUUCGUGUGGAGUACUAUGUGAACGAAAACACAUUCAAAGAAAGACUGCAACUCUAUUUCAUUAAGAAUCAGCGUUCAAGCUUGCGCAUACGAAUCGCCGAUUUAUUCCUUAAGUUACUGUCGUGUGUUCUCUACAUAAUACGUGUGAUAUUGGAUAUAAAUCCAACAUUUAUAACAUGCUAUGGCUGCGAAGUGGGCAAUAAAACGGAGUUCAUCCUUUCGCGCAAGUUGACGGAGGAGGAGUUCCAGGAGAACCCCAUCAUCAAUUGGGACGGCAUACUCUGGGUGAAUCGGCCGACAGUGCUCUGGGUCCUGCAGCUGCUCCUCGCCAUGGUGUCGUUAACGCAAUCCUUGGUUCUGACAUAUCUAGGCUAUAAGGGCAACAUCUGGCAGCAGAUACUUUCAUUUCACUUUAUACUAGAAUUAGUAACGACAAUACCCUUUGCACUAACGAUCGUUCAUCCUCCGUUGCGCAAUUUAUUUAUUCCUAUUUUCCUCAAUUGCUGGCUGGCCAAGCGAUCGCUGGAGAAUAUGUUUAAUGACCUUCAUCGCGCCAUGCAAAAGUCCCAGUCGGCGCUCUCCCAGCAAUUGACCAUACUCUCGGCCACUUUGCUGUGUCUAGUAUUUACUAGCGUCUGUGGCAUUCAGCACUUCCAGCGGGCUGGACAUCGACAUUUAAACCUCUUUCAGAGCACUUACUAUGUGGUUGUGACCUUCUCCACAGUGGGUUACGGUGACUUGGUGCCGGAUAUCUGGCCCUCGCAGCUCUACAUGGUCAUCAUGAUUUGUGUCGCCCUCAUUGUGCUGCCCACGCAGUUUGAACAACUGGCCUUCACGUGGAUGGAGCGACAGAAACUGGGCGGCAGCUAUAGCUCCCAUCGCGCCCAGAGUGAGAAGCAUGUGGUGGUGUGCUCCACCACACUCCAUGCGGACACCAUCAUGGACUUCCUCAACGAGUUCUACGCCCACCCGCUGCUGCAGGACUUCUAUGUGGUUCUCCUCAGUCCCAUGGAGCUGGACACAACGAUGCGGAUGAUCCUGCAGGUGCCCAUCUGGGCGCAGCGUGUCAUCUACAUUCAGGGCUCCUGUCUGAAGGAUGGGGACUUGGCACGCGCCCGGAUGAACGAGGCGGAGGCGUGCUUCAUUCUGGCGGCCAGGAACUAUGCAGACAAGACGGCCGCCGACGAGCACACCAUCCUACGCUCCUGGGCCGUCAAGGACUUUGCGCCGAAUGUGCCGCAGUAUGUGCAGAUUUUCAGGCCGGAGCACAAGCUGCAUGUGAAGUUCGCGGAGCACGUGGUCUGCGAGGACGAGUUCAAGUACGCCCUGCUGGCCAACAAUUGCACCUGUCCCGGCGCCAGCACACUGGUCACCCUGCUGCUCCACACCUCCCGUGGCCAGGAGGGCCAGCAGAGUCCGGAGGAGUGGCACCGCCUGUAUGGCAAGUGUUCCGGCAAUGAGAUCUACCACAUUGUCCUGGGCGACAGCCGCUUCUUCGGGGAGUACGAGGGCAAGAGCUUCACCUACGCCAGCUUCCAUUCACAUCGCAAAUAUGGCGUGGCCCUGGUGGGCGUGCGUCCGGCGGAGCUGCCGGAAUUCUACGAGGAUACCAUUCUGCUGAACCCGGGGCCCAGACACAUUAUGAAAAAGGAUGACACGUGCUAUUAUAUGAGCAUCACCAAGGAGGAGAAUUCCGCAUUUGUCGUUAAUCAAAAUCAAACAUCGGAUCCGGCGGCAGCUGCCAAGGAGGGAGGUGGAUCCACCUCCGCCUCCGCUCAUCCAGCGGCUGCAACUGCCGGCGAUAAUCCAACGGCUGUGAUAAUCUCGGACUCCCGCCAGAACCUCAGGGACACGACGGUGACCCAGACGGCGGCGACGACGACGACGAUAACCACAACAACCCUGCCGCCGCCACCCCAGGCAAUGGGAUCCCCGAGCAUGGCCGGUGGAUCGGGUGGAGGUGCAGGAGGUGGCCUUGGGGUGGGUCAUGGCAUGGGCACCUCGCUGAGCAUCACGCCAGCCACACUGACCACAACGGGUAAUCACCUGGACGUGCCCUUUGCCAACAACCCGAACCUGCUCAGUCCGGAUGUGCUCAACCAGCGGAGGGGUAGCAGACGUCCUUCGAUCCUUCCCGUGCCAGACAUGUUCACCUCAUCCUCAUUCAGCAUCGCGGGCAACGAUGAUGGCGAAGAGGGCGACGAGAGUGAUGAUGAAAUCGAUGACGAGAUGCCUUGGCGUUCUCCAUCGGAAAAGAUUGCCUGCUUGGGCGGGCACUUUCCCCAAUCGCGCACCUAUUCGCUCAUCAUGAGCUCCUCGGAGGAUUCGAAUCAGCACAGUUGCAGCUUCUGCCAUGCCACUGUUGCCACAUCCGCUUCCGCUGCCGGUUCUGCUGCUGCUGCUGCUGCUGUUCCUAACCCUACUCCAUAUGCUGGAGACUCCACUGGUGAUUCCAUUGACUUGGCCGAGGAGUAUCUGCCGCAGUUGCGCAGGCGCGUCAUGAAGAAGAGCUUUAGCUGCGACAGUGAAUGCCGCAGUGUGCCCGGAAUGGGCAUGGGAACGGGCAUGGGCAUGGGUCUGGGCCUGGGUGGAGGAGCCUUGGCCAGGUUAGCGGCUCGCAGGCGGCAGUUGCAGCGUUGCUGCUCCUGCAGUUGCUCCACCACAACCACUACGACAGCAGCAGCAGUGGCAGCAGCAGAAGGAUCAGGAGCAGGAGCAGGAGCAGGGGCUACGGCAUUCACGUCGAGCAGUUCCGUAGAGACGCGUCGUCCGGUGCGUCCUGUGUGGGUCGCCGACUACUCCUGCAUUGUCAAGGGCUUUCCACCCGUGUCGCCCUUCAUCGGCGUGAGCCCCACGCUCUGCUACCUGCUCAAGGAGAAGAAGCCUCUGUGCUGCCUCCAGCUGGCUCAGGUCUGCGAGCACUGCAGCUAUAGGAAUGCCAAGGAGUAUCAGUGGCAGAACAAGACCAUCAUCCUGGCAGCGGACUAUGCCUCCAAUGGGAUCUACAACUUCAUCAUACCGCUGAGAGCUCACUUCAGGUCGAAGACUUCACUGAAUCCCAUCAUUCUGCUGCUAGAGCGCAGGCCGGACGUGGCCUUCCUGGAUGCCCUUUCCUACUUUCCAUUGGUAUACUGGAUGCUGGGAUCGAUAGACUGCCUGGACGAUCUGCUGAGGGCUGGCAUCACGCUGGCCGAGAGCGUGGUGGUGGUCAACAAAGAGCUCUCCAAUUCAGCCGAGGAGGACUCCCUCUCUGACUGCAACACCAUUGUGGCCGUGCAGAACAUGUUCAAGUUCUUCCCCAGCAUCAAGAGCAUCACGGAGCUGUCGCAGAGCUCCAACAUGAGAUUUAUGCAGUUCCGGGCCCACGACAAGUACGCCCUGCACCUGAGCAAAAUGGAAAAGCGCGAGAAGGAGCGCGGGUCGCACAUCUCCUACAUGUUCCGUCUGCCCUUUGCCGCCGGAGCCGUGUUCAGUGCCUCCAUGCUGGACACUCUGCUGUACCAGGCCUUUGUCAAGGACUAUGUGAUUACGUUUGUGAGGCUUCUGCUGGGCAUCGACCAGGCCCCGGGCAGUGGUUUUCUGACCUCGAUGCGCAUCACCAAGGACGACAUGUGGAUACGCACCUACGGGCGGCUGUACCAGAAGCUUUGCUCAACGACCUGCGAAAUACCGAUUGGCAUCUACCGCACCCAGGACACAUCGAACGCGGACACGUCUCAUGUGAGUAACUCGCCGGUCGAGAGAUGGGGACCCUUCUCCGCCUUCAGCAGACAUUGUGUGCGCUUGCGUCCAUCGUACGACGAGGAGACCGGCACGCCCGACUCGACGAAGGACUCAACGGAAAUGCUGCGCGGAGUCACCUACCGCCCGCCUGCGUCGGCAACAGGUGGCGCCAGCAGUUUCCGGCCGCAGCCGCAGCGUCAGCGGUCGGUCAACUGCCUCGGCGGUUGCUCUGAGCGCAAAGGAUCAUCCUAUUCCAUCAACCUGGCCGACGAGGCAAGGGACAACCAUGCCCAGCAGAUCGAACGGGCGGAGAUUGCGAAUCUGGUGAGGAGUCGAAUGGAGUCCCUGAAUCUACCCACAAUCGACUAUGACGAUGUGAGCGAGAAGCGUAACCACCUUUCCUAUGUGAUAAUCAAUCCGAGCUGUGAUCUCAAGCUGGAGGAAGGCGAUCUCAUCUACCUGGUUAGGCCAUCGCCGUUCUCGGCCCAAAAGACCUUCGAGCGACACAACUCGCGCCGCAAGUCAAACAUCUCAUUCUGUUCGAACAUUAAUCUGGGCGCCACCUGCGGCCCCCAAAUGCCGCAGAUGAACAUGAACAUGGCCAACACCGCCGUCGGGGCUGGAUCGCGUCGAGGCUCCGGCAUCGCCGGUUUGAACCCCAUGCAAAUGCAGAGCGUUCAGACUUUGGCCGGGUAUGGAUCAUCCUCGCAGCGCUGUAGCCCCCCGAUGCAGCAAAUUAAAUCGAAUUCUCUUUCUCUACCCGACAGUCCGACGGUGGUUGGCAAUCAGCGUGGACGGAGUAACUCAUUGCGGAUUGACAACGACAUCCUGCUCCGUCGAUCCUCGUCCCUGCGACAGGGCCUUCCCAGCGUGGGCGUUAGCCACGGCCGGAGAAAGUCGUCGCUGGAGGAGAUCGGCAUCAGUCAUUUCACCACCCUUAUGCAGGCAACGAACCAUAGUAAUCCCAUCAAGAUAUCGCUCAAUGGCAGCAUCGGCAUGGAGAAUCAAAUCUCCUUGCAGGUGACACCACCCGAGGAACCCACACCCAUGUUGGGUGUGCCCUGCGUCUUGGGCGGUGGCGGCGGCGGUGGGAUUAAUCCAUCCGGUGCCGGUUCCUCCACCGGAGGCAUGCUGGGUGCCGGUUCCUCGCUGGCCAUUAAUACGGCAGACCUGGGACCAGGACCGAGCACCUCGUCGGGAGCCAGUGGAUCACUGCAGGCUCAGGACUCGCUGGGACAACAGCCGUCGCAGGUGUCGUCGCCGCAGCAUCUGCAGGGAACGAUUGUAUGAUACAACCUGAUGUGGGGGCGCCGUCUCCGCUCCUCCAUGUCGAAAAACAAGUGGAUAUAGAACACGGCCAGCACGCACAGACACUCCCGUAGAGAUAAGUUCUGAUCGGAUCGAAAGUAUUAGGAACCCAGCCAGCAGGCAACCAACCAAGCAAACCAAGCCAACCAAUCCCACCCCCAAAAGUCUGUCUGUGGUGUGUGGCCCUGGGAGAUCCAUUUGCGAGCCCCUUUAAGUUUAGUAUUGUACGUUCAUGGGAUCACUGAUCCCCUUAUCCCUUGGGAAUACCAAUAACACUCGAGGAUAUAUGUAUAUUAGUUUGUAAGCAAUGCAUUAUGUCGGCUUUGCAAGCCAAGGUCGCGCAAAUUGUGUUUUGGGAACAACAAAUGUAGUUAAACUAUUGGAUAGAUUCGACGGUGACUUAGCUAACUAUAAAAAUGUAAAUAUCCGAUGCCUAGACCUAAGCAUAUCCGAGGAUAGCAAACUAUCAAAUAGAUCGGGCUCGACCCCUGUAUAUACCUUAGGUAUGACCUCACCAAUUAGUUGGGCUUCGGUUCGGUUUAGCUUCCCCUCCUCAGACCCACGAAACCCCAUAUAGAAACAUAUAUGAAGGUGCUAUCAAUGUCUUGUACUAUACACACACACUAGAAUCCACAUUUUGUAAAACUAUUAGCAAUGUUUUACGAUGGCAAGGUAACAAAACAAAACAGAACAAAAUCCUAGAAAGUGAAACGGUUUUCAUAAUAUAAAUUGGAACGGGCUUUGGUAUACUCUAAUGCUUUACAAAACCAACAAAAAUAUGUAUACAUAUAUAUAUUAAAUAAAUCAAAGAAUUUGUAUAUAAACUAUAUUGCUAGGAACCAAAAAUGCAUUCAAGGAAAAACUAUUAGAACCUAAUUGAAAAAACAAACUUAAAUCGGAAGACAACAGAAUCUAGAAAUAUAGAUAUUAGCUUAGAAUUAACUAGAUAAGGCUAAAUGGGGCCGAGAGGAUCGAGUGUCGGCAACUGAACCAAAUUCAAUGAGCUCUAUGAACAAGCGUUCGCAGCUAACAUAACCCUGAAGCCAAAGGCAUCCUUAAGAUGCGUAAUGCCAUACGAUACCUAGCUGAAAAAUUGCUUGGAAAAUGGGCGUUACGCAUCUGACAGGUCUGUCUGUAGCAUACUGUUAGACAACGCAACCCACGUCCCUCUAACUCAAUUCGAUAUAUAUACACUUAGGAUCUAUAGAAAUUAGCCAAUGCAAACAACGUACCUACACACAAAACAUAUACCAUAAACACACACACUUCAAAAAUGUUAGUUAAAGCACUCCCCCCCUCUAAAAGCAGUUUUAUAAGGAAAAUUUUAGUCAACGAUGACGAUGAAAUGCAUUCCAGUGUCUCGAGAGUAAACCUAGUUAAGCUUAUAUGCCUAGAGCACCCCGAAAGAAAAACCUAUUUAUAUAGAUCCGUAUACUGUAUGUAUAGCCUGUAUAUCUGCAUCUCUACCACAUAGAUCAAAUCGAUGUCUCAAUGUACAAAAGUAGGUAACGAAACCGCAUCUGUCAUUGGCUACAGCAUUAGAGAAUGCAUUCGGUGUGUGCUAGGGUAUAAACUUGCUGUAAUAUUUAUCGGUGCGAUGCUCUUUAAGGCAUGCCUAACAGAACUCACA